GUUGCCGAUUCUGUAGACUAUCUCAAUUACUAUGUAACGUCAAUUAUGUUUGCCUUUUUUGCUUUGGCCAUAUCAGCGAAACAAUAUUUUGGAUCUCCAAUACAAUGCUGGGUGCCAAGCGAAUUCAGAGCUGGAUGGGAGAAAUACGCCGAGGAUUACUGUUUUAUUGCAAACUCCUACUAUGUACCAUUCGAUGAGGAGAUUCCAGUCGAUAUCGAACAUCGCAAGGAUCACAUCAGCUAUUAUCGAUGGGUGCCAAUUAUGCUGGCUUCUACAGCAAUCAAUCCGAGAGAGUUUUUAAAAGAAGCGGAAAAAGCCCGGUACGCCGUAGGAGAAAAAAGGGACAAAGAAAUUGAAUCACUAGCGAACUAUUUUAUGGAAACUGUGGCUGUUUUCCAACCGGACCUGAAAGGAAAGAGAUACUCAUCGCCCCGUUCCGGGUACAAUGCAACGUUGCUAUACCUUUUUACAAAAGCCGCCUACGUUACUAAUAUUUGUGUGCAAAUCGUUAUUCUUAAUCACUUUCUCGGGCAAAACUACCUCAACUGGGGAUAUGAGAUGACAUCCAAUAUUGUUCAAGGUAAUGAAUGGAAGGAAACAGAAGUCUUCCCUCGGAUUCGUCGUCUUGCCAACCUUCAACGUCAUACUGUACAAUGCGUUAUAAUGAUGAAUAUGAUCAACGAAAAAUUGUACCUCUUUUUGUAUUUUUGGAUGUUUUUCCUCGGGAUCGCUACAAUCAUAAACUUCAUCUACUUUACCAAAUGA